AUGUCUAGAACUUGUGUCUUGCGGAUGUUGCGUCCGGGGUUUCGUAGAUGCUUCGGUUUGGGCCGAUUUCUCAAACGCAGGGAGUGGCUGGCAAUGAGACUAUACAUGGUCAAUAUGAUCAGGUACUUGAUUCAAUAUUCGCAUUUGACAAUGGAUCCCAGGAAGUAUGUGGUCUUGGUGAAGGUACCUGGGUACCUAGGUAGGUAG